AUGGCUUCCUCCAGCAUGUCCAAGGCGGAUAUCGUGGUAAAGGGGAUUCUCGGGUCGCAGAUCAUGUCGGUGCCCUUUGCGUGUGCCCUGUCCUCAAUAUCAAUUGUACUCGCUUCACGUUUCCUCUCGAAAACCUCAACAACUCGGCCGCCCUUGCGGAGGUACUUUGAAUAUCAAUCGGGUGCUACCAGGCCCACUCGAAUGGUCUUUGCCCGAUUAGGCGCAGUUCUGGUGGCCACCGUUUGUGUCGUGAUGACCAUCAUGGAACUAACGAUUGUUUAUCAGACUGCAGUCACUCAUGCAGACGAUGCCACUUACAAGCAUGUGGUGCCCUGGACAUCUUCUUUGGUUCCUCUGUUAACUUCUAUUGUCAGCAUAGCAACCCAGAGCUAUUUUUCAGACAAAAUUCUGCACCAAGUACAAAGGCCGAAAUUGUUCUUUCCUUUCCUGCUUCUGUUGGGUUUUGGCUCCUUGUCAAUUGGUACCGCGGCAACUAUCUCAUUACUGCUCAAUCCGUUUGAAAGCCCUACAGUCCGAGGAAUCUCAGUAUCCGAAGGUCUUUUCUGGGCGUACCUCGUCAUGACGACUUUGAGUAGCUUCAUCAUAAGUUUUAUCUUGAUAGGCUCCUAUCUGAAAGACAGAAGAGCUACCAUUAUGGAAUCACGACGAUCUGGCCAAUCCGUUGGACCCACGAACAUGACCUCAAUUCUUCGUUUCUUCCUUUCCACAUACACGCUGGUGUUCAUUUUUGAUGUGAUGUGUCUGAUUACCUCAAUCGUAUCAGCAUCCCCCAACUUUGAUGUUGCCUUUAAUGCCAGUAAGGCAUUUUUAGUUUUACAAAAAUUGAUGGUCCGGAUCAUGGCAGUGUCAUAUCUUUAUGCUCUUUUAGACGGAGUCCCCAAGAACCCCAUCUUCAGCCCACCAAACGAAGCGCAAAUGAAGACAUUAUAUACCACCCCACCCGAGCCUGGAUUCAAAGCCCCUAAAAUGAACGCACAUCCCGCGAAGCUCUCCAAGUCCAAGCUCAAGAACAUCCAAAAUUCGGUAUCGCGAACCUUGAACAAAUAUGAGAGCGAGAAACAUAAGCAGCUGCCAGUGGAAGACGAAGAGAGCGAAAUCUUUUCGUACUCGUACCCUCCGAAUUCCGCCUGUUCGAUGACCUCAAAAGCGGUGAAGACUCCUGGAGCUGCCAACUUCAAGUAUGAUUGGGAACCGGCCACUCACAACCUAGACCAUGCACCACCAUCUGCAAUGAGAUCCCAACACAGUUUAUCGCCAGCACUGCCUGUUUGGAAGCCAUCUCCUAUCGGUUACCCGCAAUACCCUCCCAGCUUACCUUCUAUCCCCCCUCAGUUUAUGGAGAAUCAACCGUUACCUGCUCUUCCAAGACAGGAAUGA